CGCUAGUAGAUGCUUUGCAAGGUCGUCGCUGCUUGUUCAAGCCUCUGAUCUACCCCAGACUGCAGCCUCUACUUGGACAGGUGUUGUUUUAAAGCGAUGUCUGGUGACAUCUCAAGCCAUGUGAGCAGCCUCUGUGAUUCAGGGGAUCUAGCCGACGUGACGCUGGUAGCUCGUACUGAAGAUGGGAAGCUGCACGAGUUUCCGUCGCAUAUGAUGAUUUUAGCCCGUUCCAAGGUGCUCCACCGCAUGCUUGCAGGUUCCUUCGUGGAGUCGGAAUCUCGGCGCGCAGAGAUACCAGUCGCUCAGGUUAGGCAUCUGGAGAUGUUUCGCAGAUUUUUGUAUGUCGACAGGAUGCAGUUCUGCAACAGUUGGACCGUUGACGAUAUGCUAGACGUAUGGCUGCUUUGUGACAAGUACGAAGUUGUUCCAGCUGCAGGCGCCGUUGCGGAGUCAAUCACCGAUCGCUUGAGAGACAUGAAUCUGGCAGAUGUGCAAUCCUUCAUCGAUCGAGCCUGCGCUACAGCCUUGAUCAAUUCGGAGGCUGCCAUCGUGUCCAUGUUGGAUGUUGUGAAGGGGAAAGUUGCUUCUUCCGAGGUGAAACUAAUAGAUGUGCAAUCCUUCAUCGACCGCAUGUGCACCACAGCUUUUGUCAACUCAGAGGGUGUUGUCCGGUCCAUGUUGGCAGUUGUGAUCGAGAAAGUACAGCAUUCCGGCAUUCAGGGCAAGGAGUUGGUCCAUAUCAUUACGUGGCUACGGCAUGUGCAGAUGCGCACCAAAGUGCCUGCAAAGGAAGAAGCGCGUUUGUUGUUGAAUUGUGUCAAUAUGACAAACUGUGCCAAUGUUUUGCGCGAGCCGCCUUCUGACAGCGACGAGCCUAAGGAGUUUUUGCUGGUAAAGAUGAUGAUAUCAGCUUGUUGGCAGCUUUGUUGGCGUUUGAGUACGUCUCGCAUUCAUUAUCAAUACGAUGCUUCCAGAGCCGACAAUGCAGCGGCCGAAAAUGCAUGGCGGUCAUCGUCAACCACCAUGCGGGACAAGUGCUUGGAUAUACUAUUCCCAAAUGUUAUCGCACCAGAAGCAGCAGGCGAGGUCUCAAAGCAAUUUGUUGCGAAGAAGCAACGCACGGAGUGAUGCAAGUCAAAAUGUAUGUCGAGACCGCCAGGACGUUGUUGCUCCAGCAGUAUUUUCGAGGGCAUACUGUUCCGCAUAGCGAGUGGAAGGCUGGCAUUCGCUGGAAAAGCAAUGAAAUUGCCUCAGGUCUGAAUGCCAGGAUACGGUGUUUGUGGGUCUGGACUGUCAAUCCGGGGACAUUGAGGAAGAGAAUGGCUGG